AUGAGGAAGGAAACCACACGCCAACAGAAAAAGGUCUCAUCUUUCUACACAUUUCCCCACUCUUAUCACUUUGCUCGAGGCUCCUGCUGGCAGAGGAACAGCAGCUGGGAUGGGGACAGCCACAGGCGCCUCUGCGACGGCUGCCGCAGCCUGUUUCCAGUGAUGGGCGACUCUGCAAACACGAGCUCUGUUGGCAAUGCCAGUGGAGCACCCUCCUCUGCACGGUGCCCCCGCGACACCACCGUCACCCACCUGCUCUUCCCCGUGCUCUACACGUUCGUCUUCCUCCUGGGACUCGUGCUGAACAGCCUGGCUUGCUGGGCUUUCUUCCACAUUCCAAGCACAUCAACUUUCAUCGUCUACUUGAAAAAUAUCUUAGUUUCUGAUUUUAUAAUGACCCUGAUGCUCCCUCUGAAGAUCCUGACAGACUCUGGCCUGGGGCCAUGGCAGCUCAAGGCUUUUGUCUGUCGCUUCUCAGCCGUGAUAUUCUAUGACACCAUGUACAUCAGCAUAGUGCUACUCGGGCUCAUUGCCUUCGACAGAUUUCUCAAGAUUGUGAGACCUUUUGGGAAGUUCUGGGUGCAAAAUCUGACCUCAGCAAAGAUCCUGGCAAGUCUGGUCUGGCUCUUCUUCCUCGUUCUCUCCCUGCCCAACAUGAUCUUGUCCAACAAGACAGCGACGCCCCAGUCCGUGAGGAAGUGUGCCUCCUUGAAGAGUUACCUCGGACUCAAAUGGCACGAAGCCGUCAACUAUGUCUGUCAGUUCAUCUUCUGGACUGUCCUCAUCCUCAUGUUGCUAUUUUAUGUGAUUAUUGCCAAGAAGGUAUAUGAGUCUUACAUAAAAACACAGAAGAAAGGCAACAGAAGCGAGAAACGGAUCAAGGGGAAAGUAUUCAUCAUUUUUACCGUGUUCUUCCUGUGCUUUGCCCCCUUCCACUUCAGCAGGGUCCCCUACACGCUGAGCCAAACGAGUGCCCACAUGGACUGCCGCCUGCAGAACCAGCUCUUCGUGGCCAAAGAGAGCACGCUGUGGCUGGCGGCCACCAACGUCUGCAUGGACCCCCUGAUCUACCUGUUCCUCUGCAAGCCCUUCGUGGAGAAGGUGCUCUGCAGCAGGGUGAAGGCUCUGCAGAGAACAUCCCAGACAAGCCCCAAAACAGAACUGGACACACGAGUAUCUCCCACCGAGUCCUGAUCCUGCAGCUUGCACGCUCUACUCUGCAUGUUCAUAGGGAACUUGAAAAAUAGUUAGGUUUACUUCUGCUGAAGAAGUAAAAGGGUGUUUGCUGAGUAAUAUUAACACUCAAUAAAUGCAGAAAAAUGGAUUUUCUAAGUACACUCACUAAAUAGCCUUAAAAGGCUCUUGCUCAAA